AUGCUGCCUGAAGAAUCUAUUCAUGAUAUGUACUCUCGCUUCACUAUUUUGAUCAACAAAAUGAAGGGCUUAGGGCGCACUUUUCCUGUUAAGGAUCUUAAUCGAAAAAUCCUUAGGUCUCUACCUAAGGAAUGGCUGCCAAAGCGCACUGCCAUUGAGGAAGCAAGAAAUCUUUCCACUCUCCCUAUUAAUGAAUUAAUAGGCUCCUUGCUAAGUCAUGAAAAUGUCAUAAAACAGGUGAACUUAGAGGACGAUAAGCGUAAGAAGAGCCUUGCUUUCAAAUCUAGAGUUGUUAUGUAUGGAUCCGAAAGUGAAUCAGAUUCUGAGUUUGAUAAAGAAUUUGCUCUUGUUAGCAAACGCUUUCAUCGUAUGAUGAAGUAUAAGAAUGAUCAUAAAACUAGAGCUGAGGAUUCAAGGCAUCCUACUUUUGGUCGUUCUAAUCAUGUUUCUCAAGAAAGGCUGCUUCCCCGGCAGACCAGAUAUGUUGAUACAGGUUAUCCUGAGAAAGAAUCCCAAGCAUGCUACAAAUGUGGAAAGCACGGUCACAUCAGAGCCCAGUGUCCGUUAACUCUCAAAUCUAAAGAGAAAGCAAUGAAGGCAUCUUGGAGCGACUAUGAUUAUGAGUCCGAGACAGAACCAAUUGAUGAUCAAGCAUUCAUGGCAUCUACCUCCAAGAAUGGUAAAGCUCAGGUAUCAUCUUCCAAACCUAACAAAACUGUGGAUAGUGAUCACAUUUGGUUCCUCGACAGUGGGUGUUCACACCACAUGUCAGGCAAACGCUCUCUUUUCUCAGAUUUAACUCCUAAAAAUGGGGGCAAUGUGAUAUUCAGAGAUAAUGGUGUGGGUAAGAUCAUUGGAUCUGGUACCAUAGGAACUUAUCCUUCACCUACUAUUCACAAUGUUCUUUUGGUCGAUGGAUUACAUCACAACCUACUGUCUAUUAGUCAACUAUGCGAGAGUGGUAAUCGAGUUUCGUUUGAAUCCACACAUUGCAUAGUUGAACGCAUCCAGGAUAAACAGGUUGUGUUUGUAGGUAAUCGAAUAAACAAUAUGUAUACUAUUGACUUGCAUAACCUAGAUGCUUUCCAUGAACUCUGUUUAACAGCUUCUUCUCAGCAAGAAAUCCCACUUGCAUAG